AUGCUCCCGCCGACAGCGCGCAGCCGCAUUCCGGCGCUUCUCGCCCGCCAAAUCCGCUACAGAAGUACCUCCGCGCCCUCCAGCACCUCCGUCAACCAGAUCCCCGCCAACGACCCCAAUACCGACCGGCCACCGCCACAGAAUGUCUCAGCGACGAACGAGAUGGCUACCUCAUCGGAAGGCAGCUUCGACAAAGUGCUGCAGGAGUCGGUCAAGGAGGCUGAGAAGAUGAGGACCAUGCAGGCGCCGAACAGGAAGGAAAUCUGGAGUCACUCGCAGCAGCCAAGGGCGAGGGCUAUGGUUGGGCCGAGGUUUGAGCAGACGAUUAUGGCGGAUCAGCCCCGACCUCUUGCGGCAAUUGAGCUCAUUAAGAAGCAACCUGUACGCUGGACGUCCAAGCGUAUGGCGUCCUGCGAUGGCGGUGGAGGGCCGUUGGGUCACCCUCGCAUAUUCAUCAAUGUCGAUAAGCCGCAAGUCUGCGCGUGCACGUAUUGCGGCGUUCCAUAUGCGAGGGAAGAACAUAGGAAGGCUAUUGAAUCCCUGCCAAGUCAUAACCGGCCAUAUCCGCUUGAGCCUACCGGCCAAGUCGGGGAAGUGCAGAUUGAGCAAAACAUCACAGGCAAGAUUUUGGAGCAACGGUAG